AUGAAACAAAAAGAAUUAGAGAACGAGCUGCUAUUAAAGCUCGUAAGGAAGAUAUCUGCAGUGAAUCUGAGAUAUUGGGAAGCUCUGGAGAUAGUUAAUCUGGCUCGCAGAUUGGACGCCAAUAUGCUGCCUGUUGAAAAGAAGAAGGAGCUUCAGUCACUUGGAGCUAAAAUAUCGUGUGAUACUAUGGAUCCAAAGCAGUGGUUUGACUGUGUAAGAUCUGUCAUUCAGCAGCAUCCAUACCGUUUGAACGCCUGGAACUGCUAUUACAAAGUCAUUUCAAGAUUAGGGAAAAGAGCAUCGGCUGAAGCUAAYUUCAUGCAUCACUUAAGAAGCAAGUACAGAGAUUGUGUACCGCCCAUUCUUAUUGCMGGUCAUCACUUCACUGUCYCAAGCCGACAUCAAGAUGCUGCUAGAGAAUACCUUGAAGCAUAUAAACUAAUGCCCGAUAGUCCUUUGAUUAACCUCUGUCAGGAGGCGUUGUAUAACAUUGCUCGAGCGUAUCAGCACGUAGGACUCGUGACUCUUGCGGCUUCAUACUACGAGAAGGUUUUAGUGGUUUACGAGAAAGAAUAUCCAGUGCCGAAUGAAGAUCCGGAGCGUAAGGCUGUGAAUUGUGAAGCUGCACACAAUCUACAUUUGAUAUAUGAGCAAAGUGGAGCGUUUGAUCUGGCGAGGCAAGUCUUAAAGGAUCACUGCACUUUCUGA